ACGCGCGCGACCGAGCAGUUUAAAUGGUAAGGCUGACAAUUCGACAGGGGUCUUUUCGGACUGUUCGUGUGGUGGAGUACUUCGUCUGCGCCGGACGCUCCAAAACCACAGCUUUCUUCUUCCAAGGCUUUCCUUGAAACACGUCUUUCUUUCACUUUAAUUUCCCCAGCCCCCACCCGACCCAAAGAUGUCCAAGAAGGCCCCUAACGAGGACGAGAAGUUCCUCUUUGUUGACAAGGACUUCCUGAACAGCCCAAUGGCUCAGGCCGACUGGUCGGCCAAGAAGCUGGUAUGGAUCCCCUCGGAGAGACAUGGUUUUGAGGCUGCGAGCGUCAAGGAGGAGCACGGCGAGGAGGUUCUGGUGGAAGUGGCUGACAACGGCAAGAAGUUGACAGUCAACAAGGAUGACAUUCAGAAGAUGAACCCGCCCAAGUUCAGCAAGGUAGAAGACAUGGCUGAGCUCACCUGCCUGAACGAAGCCUCAGUGCUGCACAAUAUCCGCGAGAGGUACUUCUCAGGGCUUAUUUAUACGUACUCUGGCCUGUUCUGUGUGGUGGUGAACCCCUACAAGAUGUUGCCCAUUUACUCAGAGAAGAUCAUCGACAUGUACAAAGGGAAGAAGCGUCAUGAAGUCCCCCCACAUAUCUACUCCAUCACCGACAACGCCUACAGGAACAUGAUGCAAGAUCGUGAGGACCAAUCCAUUCUCUGCACCGGGGAGUCGGGUGCUGGCAAGACAGAAAACACCAAAAAGGUCAUCCAGUAUCUGGCUGUUGUGGCCUCGUCACACAAAGGCAAGAAGGACAGCAGUGCUCAGCAAUCAGGAUCACAGUUGGCCUACGGAGAGCUGGAGAAGCAGCUCCUACAGGCCAAUCCCAUCUUAGAGGCCUUUGGAAAUGCUAAGACCAUCAAAAAUGACAACUCCUCACGAUUUGGAAAAUUCAUCCGUAUCAACUUUGAUGUGACUGGCUACAUUGUUGGAGCCAAUAUUGAGACUUACCUUCUGGAGAAGUCGCGUUGUAUCAGACAGGCAAAGACAGAGAGAGCCUUCCAUAUCUUCUACUACAUGAUUGCUGGUGCCAAAGACAAACUGAAAGAGGAACUACUUUUGGAGCCCUUCAGUAAUUACCGCUUCCUAAGUGCAGGCAACGUCCAGAUCUCAGGCCAGCAGGAUGAUGAGAUGUAUGAAGAGACAAUGGAAGCUAUGACCAUCAUGGGCAUUUCAGAUGAGGAGCGAAUCGAUAUCUUGAAGGUGUGUUCUACGGUCAUGCAGCUAGGAAACAUUGCGUUUAAGAAAGAAAGGAACCAGGAGCAGGCCACCAUGCCUGAUAACACAGCGGCUCAGAAGGUGUGUCACCUCCAGGGUAUCAACGUAACAGACUUCACCCGUGCCAUCCUCACGCCUCGAAUCAAAGUGGGCAGAGAGGUUGUUCAAAAGGCACAAACCAAAGAGCAGGCGGACUUUGCCAUCGAAGCCCUGGCCAAGGCUGUGUUUGAACGCCUGUUCCGCUGGCUCCUGGCUCGUGUCAACAAAGCCCUUGACAAGACCAAAAGGCAGGGGGCCUCCUUUCUGGGAAUCCUCGAUAUUGCUGGCUUUGAGAUAUUUGAAGACAACUCCUUCGAACAACUUUGCAUCAAUUACACUAACGAGAAGCUCCAGCAGCUCUUCAAUCACACAAUGUUCAUCCUUGAGCAGGAGGAGUACCAGAGAGAAGGCAUUGAGUGGAACUUCAUUGACUUUGGUCUGGACCUUCAGCCUUGUAUUGAGCUCAUUGAGAGGCCGAACAACCCUCCAGGCAUUCUGGCCCUGCUGGAUGAAGAGUGUUGGUUCCCCAAAGCCACAGAUAUCUCCUUUGUGGAGAAACUCAUGAACACUCAAGGAAACCAUAUUAAAUUUGCCAAACCAAAACAGCUGAAAGACAAGACAGAGUUUUCCAUCCUCCACUAUGCUGGAAAGGUGGACUAUAACGCCACAGCCUGGCUGACAAAGAACAUGGACCCUCUAAACGACAAUGUCACUUCACUGCUUAACAACUCAUCCAGCUUGUUUGUGCAAGACCUCUGGAAAGAUGCUGACAGAGUGGUUGGUCUCGACACCAUUGCUAAGAUGUCCGACACCUCAAUGCCCAGCGGCUCAAAGACCAAAAAGGGAAUGUUCCGCACAGUAGGACAGCUCUACAAGGAGUCCCUGGCCAAACUCAUGACCACACUGCACAACACCCAGCCCAACUUUGUCAGAUGCAUCAUUCCAAACCACGAGAAGAGGGCAGGAAAGCUGGACGCCCACCUGGUUUUGGAGCAGCUACGGUGUAAUGGCGUGUUGGAAGGUAUCCGAAUCUGCCGACAAGGAUUUCCCAACCGAAUUCUCUUCCAGGAGUUUCGCCAGCGCUAUGAGAUUCUGGCUGCAAGUGCUAUUCCCAAAGGCUUCAUGGAUGGAAAACAAGCUUGUUGUCUUAUGAUCAAGCAUAUAGACCUGGAUCCAAACCUGUACAGAAUCGGGCAGAGCAAGAUCUUUUUCCGUACUGGAGUUUUGGCCCAGCUGGAGGAGGAGAGAGACCUGAAGAUUACCGUGAUUAUCAUUGCCUUCCAGGCCCAGGCGAGAGGCUUCUUGGCCAGAAAGGCAUUUGCUAAAAGGCAGCAACAACUUACUGCCAUGAAAGUGAUCCAGCGGAAUUGUGCCGCCUACCUCAAACUUAGGAACUGGCAGUGGUGGAGACUCUUCACAAAGGUCAAGCCUCUACUCCAAGUGACUCGUCAAGAGGAGGAGAUGAGCCUGAAAGAGGAGGAACUGCAGAAAACCAAAGAAAAUGCUCUCAAGUAUGAAACAGAGCUGAAGGAGAUCUCCUUGAAGCACGCAGGGAUUUUGGAGGAGAGGAAUGCACUGCAGGAGCAGCUUCAGGCUGAAACAGAGCUUUAUGCAGAAGCAGAGGAAAUGCGGGUACGUCUGGCAGCUAAGAAGCAGGAAUUGGAGGAAAUCCUCCAUGAGAUGGAGGCAAGACUUGAUGAAGAAGAAGAACGUUCUCAGUCACUGCUAGUAGAUAAAAAGAAGAUGCAACAGCAAAUGCAGGAAUUAGAAGAACAUUUAGAGGAGGAGGAAGAUGCUCGGCAAAAGCUGCAUUUGGAGAAGGUCACUUGUGAGGGCAAGAUCAAAAAGCUUGAAGAUGACAUCCUUGUGAUGGAAGAUCAGAACAACAAGCUGCUCAAGGAGAGAAAGCUGAUGGAGGAAAGGGUUGCAGACUUCAGUGCUAAUCUGGCUGAAGAAGAGGAGAAGUCAAAGAACCUCACUAAGCUUAAAAAUAAGCAUGAGUCUAUGAUCUCGGAUCUGGAGGUCCGCCUGAAAAAAGAGGAAAAGACGCGGCAGGAGCUGGAUAAGGUUAAGCGUAAGUUGGAGGCGGAGUCAAAUGAUCUACAAGAGCAGAUAGCUGACCUGCAGGCCCAGAUCGCUGACCUCAAAGCCCAGCUGGCAAAGAAAGAAGAGGAGCUUCUAAAUGCCUUAGCAAGGUUGGAAGAUGAGACGGCUCAAAAGAACAAUGCUCUGAAGAAAAUCAGGGAGCUGGAGGGACACAUCUCUGACCUGCAGGAAGACGUCGACUCAGAGAGAGUAGCCAGGAACAAGGCGGAAAAGAUCAAACGGGACUUGGGAGAGGAGCUGGAGGCUCUUAAGUCGGAGCUGGAGGAUACACUGGACAGUACCGCCACCCAGCAGGAACUCAGAGCCAAACGAGAGCAAGAGGUCACCCUGCUGAAGAGAGCCAUAGAAGAGGAGAACCGGACCCAUGAGGCUCAGAUACAUGAAAUGAGACAGAAACACACCCAGGCUUUUGAGGAGCUCACAGAGCAGCUGGAACAAUCCAAACGGGUGAAGUCCAACUUGGAAAAAGCCAAACAAGCUCUGGAGAAGGACACAUCCGAAUUAACCAUGGAAGUGCGCGCGCUCACUCAAGCCAAACAAGAUGGUGAGCACAAGAGGAAGAAACUGGAGGGUCAAGUGACGGAUCUGCAGUCCCGUUUUACUGACAGCGAAAAGCAAAAGGCUGAACUUGGAGAACGCUGCUCCAAGAUCACUGUGGAACUGGAGAGUGUGACAAACCUACUGAAUGACGCUGAGGGCAAGAACAUUAAACUGAGUAAAGACGUUUCCAGCUUUAGCGCCCAACUCCAGGAUGCACAGGAGCUGCUGGCUGAGGAGACACGCCAGAAACUGCAGUUCUCAACAAAGCUGCGGCAGGCCGAGGAUGACAAGAACAGCCUACAGGAGCAGCUCGAGGAGGAGGUGGAAGCCAAGAGGAACGUGGAGAGACACGUGUCCACCCUCAACAUCCAGCUGUCAGAUUCCAAGAAAAAGAUGGAAGAAAUGUCAGGAAACAUCGAGCUGCUGGAAGAAGGCAAGAAACGCCUGCAGAAAGAUUUGGAGGCAGCCAACACCCAGUUUGAGGAGAAGGCCUCCGCCUACGACAAAUUGGAGAAGACCAAAAACCGCCUGCAACAGGAGCUGGAGGACACACUGAUGGAUCUUGACAACCAGAGGCAGAAUGUUUCAAACCUUGAGAAGAAGCAGAAGAAGUUCGACCAGAUGCUGGCUGAGGAGAAGAGUAUCUCCAGUAAAUAUGCGGAGGAGAGAGAUCGAGCUGAGGCUGAGGCCAGAGAGAAGGACACCAAGGCUCUGUCCCUUGCGAGGGCGAUGGAGGAGGCUCAGGAUGGCAGAGAAGACCUGGAGAGAGCCAACAAGGCCCUGAGGAUGGAGAUGGAGGAUCUGAUCAGUUCAAAGGAUGACGUUGGAAAAAAUGUCCAUGAGCUGGAGAAGUCCAAACGAGGCCUGGAGGCCCAGGUGGAGGAGAUGAAGACUCAGUUGGAGGAACUAGAGGACGAGCUGCAGGCAGCUGAGGAUGCCAAACUGCGCUUAGAGGUCAACAUGCAGGCUCUGAAGGCCCAGUUUGAGCGGGAUCUUCAAGGCCGCGAUGAGAUGGGAGAAGAAAAGAAGAGACAGCUUGUCAAGCAGGUCCGUGAGUUGGAGACAGAGCUGGAAGACGAACGUAAGCAGAAGGCGUCCACAGCAGCAGCCAAGAAGAAGUUGGAGACAGACAUGAAAGACCUGGAGGGCCAGAUUGAGACAGCUAAUAAGGGACGAGAUGAGUCCAUCAAGCAGCUCCGAAAAAUCCAGGCCCAGAUGAAAGACUUCCAGAGGGAGCUCGAAGAUGCCCGUGCUGCACGAGAGGAGGUGCUGACUACGGCAAAGGAGAGCGAGAAGAAAGCAAAGGGCCUGGAGGCGGAACUCAUGCAGCUGCAAGAGGAGCUGGCCGCUGCUGAGAGAGCGCGGAAGCAAGCAGAGGCUGAGAGAGACGAGCUGUCGGAUGAGUUGGCAAGCAACUCUUCUGGGAAGUCAGCCUUAGCAGAUGAGAAGCGUCGUCUAGAGGCGAAGAUCUCCCAAUUGGAGGAAGAGCUGGAAGAAGAGCAGAGCAACAUGGAGAUCCUCAACGACCGGCUGAGGAAGAGCACACAGCAGGCGGAUCAGCUCAACAGCGAGGUGCAGAUGGAGCGCUCUGCCUCCCAGAAGAACGAGAGCGCCCGGCAGCAGAUGGAGCGCCAGAACAAGGAGCUGAAGGCCAAGCUCAGCGAGAUGGAGAACCAGGUCAAGUCCAAGUUCAAGUCGUCCAUCACUGCUUUGGAGGCCAAAGUGGCUCAGCUGGAGGACCAGCUGGAGCAGGAGAACAGGGAAAAGCAGGCGACCGCCAAGGCUGUGCGCCAGAAGGACAAGAAGCUGAAAGACUUGCUGAUGCAGGUGGAGGAUGAAAGGAAGCAGGCAGAGCAGUACAAAGACCAGGGGGAGAAGUCCAACACGCGCAUGAAGCAGCUGAAGAGGCAGCUGGAGGAGUCUGAGGAGGAGUCUCAGCGAGCCACGGCCGCCCGCAGGAAGCUGCAGCGCGAGCUGGAUGAAGCCACCGAGGCCAACGACGCCAUGAGCCGCGAGGUCAACUCUCUCAAGAGCAAACUAAGGCGUGGAAACGAGCCCUCUUUUGGCAGCGCGCCUCGCCGCAUUGGCGGAGGCCGAAGGGCGGUCGAGGACGCUUCCGAGGAAGAGGGGGACUCCCAAAGUGACUACAAUGGAACCAAGUCCGCAGAAUGAGCGACACGAUGAAAUCGAAUCAACUAACCAGAUAUCAGAAUCUCCUGGUUUGCUUUUUUUCCCCUCACCUCCCGAGUUCCGUGUCACAUGAAAAUAAUGCACUGCCUGGCCAAAGAAAAGUCACACACUGUUUUGCCAUUCACAUUGCAUCAGUUGAUGCCAAACUCAUGCAUUGUCAGCACAUUUGUGCAAAUCCAAAGGUUGCCAAGAAGGUUAAGAGCUUCAAGUGGUCAGUGCAUGUGUGAAAGCAGUGAACCAAAGUGUCAAAAUCUACUCACGCAGAACUUGUUCAUUCACUCGUCAGAUUACCAAAUUUGGGGCACAAAAUGUUAGUUUGACCCGGAGAACCAAAACAAGCCCACAUUGUAACUGCAGGAGCUGGUCAGGAAAGCAAAGAAAGUCCAAUUAAGCAUGAUCACUUUUUUUUUUUUUUAGGUAUGAUGUCACAUUUAAAUAUACUGUAGUUACAUUCUCAACUAGUGGACUCCUAAAUAUACAUGAAUUCUUAAUGAGCGGUACCAAAUGUAGUACUUUUUUAGUCACCGACCAGCUAUUGAUACAUACACAAAAGAAAAUUAAACGGGGUCAUAUUGCAGUUCUUUGAUGCAACGUCCAGUUGCAGACUCGGUCGGCUCUAAGUCUUGUCAAAAAAAAACCAUGUAAUUUAGACCAAUUUAUGAAAAUUUGUUAAAGCAUAAAAUGUAUAGGAGCAUGCUGCAUUAACAAUCACUUAAAAACACUUUAAAGACAGUCAGUGGAAUGAAAGAUAUGUACCUAUUGCUUCUUUCCUCCUCGUCAAAAACACAUCAGCUUCAUCGGAGACUCCAAAUUGCUCGUAAUUGUGAAGAAUCAAGCAAAUUUGGUAGGAAAAAAUUAAUUAAUCCAGCCCCGUUAUUUACUUACUCCUUGAAUGGCAUGAUGCGUUAUUCCGUUUGAAAAGCCAAACAUAAGCUCUAAAGUUGCUGACCACAGCUUGAGGACAUGUCCCAUUAGACCACAUGGUCAUUUGGAACCAUCUUGCACAGGCCAGACCCCAACUAUUCAAGUCUGCAUCAAUUUAGAUCAGUGGUUCUCAAACGUUGUUUUGGUUUUUUUUUAGAAAAAAAAAAGCUCCCCAAGUACCAUAAUAAUGACUAAUUGGUAGCGUAGUAGGCCUAAGUAUUCAUUAAAACAAGGCAGAAAUUGUAUUAAACAAGUAUUUUAAUUAUUUGGGGACACUUACAUUACAUGCAGUUUGAACAGUAACACUGUUUGAAUGUAGGAAAAUAACAGUGCUUUAAUCAAGUGAUUCUUUGGCGUACCACAGUUCAAGAAUCACUGAUCGAUUUACUUAUCAAGCAGCGCCAGUCAACCAGCCGAAAGCCAACUCGUUGUCCAUCACUGCUCUUAAGACGUCGUGAAUUGAGGUUUAUGCAAGGUACUUCCGCACAGCCACACUAGCGUCCGUGACAUAUUUUGCACAUUAGCUACACGACUGUUUCCAAUGGGUUUGUAUCACUGCUCAUUUUUAAGUAUCUUAUUCCUAGAAGACAACAGAUCCAGCAGCAACUAGGACUUGCAAAGAGUUUGCAGCGAGAGGCCAGGCAGUGUGCGGAUAUUUGCUGCAAAUGUCCAGUGUUGGUUUCGCCAUCGCAUUUUUUCUUGACGCAAAACAUUCGGAGGGACUAUAAACAUGAGCUCCACUGCUGUGUGACUUACACUGUUUUGUGUGGCAUCGAAUGAGCGACAAUGCAACCUUGUGUACACAACAGGUGUCGCUAAAUACAGAGCCAAAGUUGACUUGCUACUGUUGUCUCCUUGCCUGUGACUGCUGUUGCAUCUUUAAGAGCAGUGUUGCAAUGGAAAUGUAGAUUUAUUGUAACCCAGUCUGCUUUUUGAUGGUCAUACUUUCACCAAUGCAGUACAUAUAAGGCUAGCUUAGGAUUACUCUAUGCACAAUUAUUGACUUAAGUGUGUACCUGCAGCUGUUGUCCUUGUCUCCUCUUCAGUACUUGUAUUUAACCAACAGAUGUUUACAUUGCACACUUUCUCUCUAUUAAUUGUUGAAACACUUGCACAAAAAAUAAAGGUCAAAUACAAAAAAAAAAGGUGCUUAUUUCUUUUUAAUGCUUGAAUGGUCAGUCAGGGAGAAACACAGCAGCAUGGAUGGUAUUUGCUGCGGAUUUUUACUGCGCAGCCAUAUCAACCUCUUAAAAAGGUGAAAAACAGCAAUGUUACAACAACAAAAAUACAGCGCAUCUGGAAAAUAUACACAGCAUUUUAUUUUUGUUAAAGCCUUAUUCCAAAAUGGAAUACAUUCAUUUUUGUCCUCAAAACUACAAAUCCUUUUAAGUCCCAAAGAAGGCAAAAAUAACAAAAAAAAAAAAAAAAGAACAACCCUGUUGUAAAGAUGACAGGUGGAAAUUAACUAUUGGCUUAAUU